AUGGCCACAAUCUCUGCAGCGAGCCCAUAUACACAGCUUCCAGGUACAAACGGAGCAGGUGGCUCACUCUCAGAACACGAGGGGCGAGAAGGUCCUCCCGAUCAAGAGGCACACGACCCAGCGAGCGACAAGGUGCCUAUAAUUGAAGACGACGAGUAUUUCUUGCGGAGCAUCUUCGUUUUCUUUCAGGUGGAGAACACCCUGUUCCAUGUCCCGAGCUAUCGCUUCACCGACGAGUCGCAAAUCUUCGCCGAGAUGUUUAAGGUUCCCAAAGAAAACACCGCUAAUGCCGAAAGAGCCUCGCGCGAACUCCCGAUCAUCCUUCCCGACAGCAUCUCCCGCACCGAUUUCCGGAAUUUCUUGAAGGCGCUCUACCCCUUGCCUGUCGUUAUCACGCUCUCGCUCUCAAAGGACGAAUGGCUCUCAGUCUUGAAGCUGUCUAGCCUUUGGUACUUCCUGAGCUUCAGGGACAUGGCCAUCGCGGAGCUCGAGUGCCCUGAAGCACUUACCCCAACCGAGAAGGUGACCUGGGGUAGAGACGUCAAGAUAUCUUCCUGGGUCGUCAAAGGAUACCAGGAGAUCGUGCAGCGAUCAACCAUCAUCAGUAAAGACGAGGCUCUCGCGAUCGGGUAUGAGACGACAUUCUCAUUGUUCAAGCUCAGAGAACAGCGGUUGCAAGCCAGUACUCGAUGCACUUCAUUUGCCGUCGACACAUCUGUAAAGGAAGCAUUCAAAGACGAGCUGGAGAACAUCCGCGCGGAGGAGAGAGGAUAUGCGGUAAAGACGGAGGCGGCUGAGACAGCGCCAGCGGCCAAAGAAGCAGAACACUCUGCCGGAGCCUGCAGCUGUCAGGGUUUCUUUGGUGAGGCAAAUGUGCCCCCAUCGCCCGCGCCUGCGAAGAAGGCCGUAGGCGUGGCGAAGAAAGGAAAAGGUAGCUCCAGUUCCUGGUAG